UGGGCGGGCCACCGCUCGCUCCCGCCCCGCGAGAAUGGCCAUGAAGGCCCGGCCGGAGACGCUGGCCCUGCGGAGGCAGCUCAUCGGCUCUUCCUGCAAGCUCUUUUUUCCUGAAGAGCCAGUGAAGAUUGUUAGGGCAAAAGGCCAGUAUAUAUAUGAUGAACAUGGAAGAGAAUACCUUGACUGUAUCAACAAUGUGUCUCAUGUUGGGCACUGCCAUCCUGAUGUAGUAAAAGCAGCGCAUGAACAGAAUCAGUUGCUAAAUACAAAUUCUCGCUAUCUCCAUGACAAUUUGGUUGAUUAUGCAAAGAGACUUUCUAAAACACUGCCUGAGAAGCUGUGCACAUUCUAUUUUUUGAAUUCAGGAUCAGAAGCCAAUGAUCUUGCCUUGAGAUUGGCACGACAAUAUACAAAACACAAGGAUGUUAUUGUUCUGGACCAUGCUUACCAUGGACAUCUGACAUCCUUGAUUGACAUAAGUCCAUAUAAAUUCAGAAAUCUAGAAGGACAAAAGGAAUGGGUCCACGUGGCUCCUCUCCCAGACACAUACCGUGGAAUAUACAGAGAAGACCAUAAAGAUUCAGUCCUAGCCUAUGCCAACGAAGUGAAAAAAAUAAUUGAGCAAGCACAAAAAAAGGGCAGAAAGAUUGCUGCAUUUUUCAUUGAAUCUUUGCCAAGUGUUGGUGGUCAGAUCAUUCCACCAGAAGGUUAUUUCCAGAUGAUAGCAGAACACAUACACAAGGCAGGAGGAGUUUUUGUUGCUGAUGAAAUUCAGGUUGGCUUUGGCAGGGUUGGCAAAUGUUUUUGGGCAUUCCAGCUUCAGGGAGAGGAUUUCGUACCUGAUAUUGUCACUAUGGGCAAACCAAUGGGAAAUGGGCACCCAAUCGCCUGUGUAGCAACAACUAAAGAAAUUGCACAAGCAUUUGCAGACACUGGAGUGGAGUAUUUUAAUACAUUUGGAGGAAAUCCUGUUUCAUGUGCAAUAGGUUUAGCAGUUUUAGAUGUGAUUGAGAAGGAACAUCUUCAAGCACAUGCCACACAAGUAGGCAACUUUUUGAUGGAAUUACUGAAUAAGCAGAAGGUCAAGCAUCCUAUCAUUGGUGAUGUCAGGGGUGUUGGAUUAUUUAUUGGAGUAGAUUUGAUAAAAGAUCAAGAGACAAGGACCCCAGCUACUAAAGAAGCUGAGUAUUUAAUAACAAGAUUAAAGAGAGAAUAUAUUCUGUUAAGUACAGAUGGUCCAGGAAGAAACGUGCUUAAGUUCAAGCCUCCACUGUGCUUUACUAUGGACAAUGCCAAAUUAGUUGUGGACAAAAUGGAUGAAAUAUUAACAGACAUGGAAAGAGAAAAGACAUGUGAGCCAGGAGGAAACCACCAUUAACUUUAGACUUCAGCUCUGUCUGGCCAGGCACAAGUACCUGAGAGUCUAGAAUGCAUACAGGGAGACUCUUUGGAUAAUGUGUUAGCUGAGUGUUCAACAGAUGGUUCAGAACUAGCAUCUAAUUCUGCUUACAAAUGGGACUAUGCUUUUAUUAGGAAGUAGUGACGGUAAUGUAUAUGGGACCUUGUCCAGGGGAUAAUUUCUAUGCAUGCAAUCAGGAAAAUCAGCAUCUGUGUCUGUGGUCUCUUAUGCAGUUUACCAACAUGAACAUAAAGUUCUGGCUGAGGAAUUGGUCUAGGGAUAGUAGACCCCUGUAGAUGUCAUAACCCUUGUAUACAGUCUCAUUACAGCUACUGUGAUCUGCUACUAAGGCUACUGGGAUGGUCUGUCCUUCAUAAUAGGCUACUGACUCUUCCAAAGAGCAGGAUAAGCUAAAGAUGGCCACUGAAAUCUUGAGUCCCUUUUAUCUCCAUUAGGUGGAUCUUUUGUAAGAGACAGUAUUGCAGAAUCCAUCUAGAAUGGCAGUUUGUUUGGCUCUUACAACUUACAUCUACAGCUGUGCCUCCUUAUGCGCUGACCCUUAUCAAGGUGGAGCCUGUUGGUCAUUGAUCACAUACUUACAAGGGUGCGAUAGUACUGCUGUCUCAGGCAAAGAUUUAGAGAGCAGAUCUUAACAGCUGAGUCAGCUCUCCUCAGCCCUAGCAAAACUUGUGGUGGAAGAGUCUGGAACUAAGCAGUGGAUUGCUGGUUCAAGCUAGCUGAUGCUAUCCCACUGUUUAUUAUGCAGAGGAAAGAGGAAGAAUAGCUUUCUCUGCCCACAAAAGAAGAAAAUUAACCUGCUAAGGAACAGGUAGGAGCAGCAAAGGGGUGUUUUGCUGCUGCAGAAGCAGGUGGUUAGGCAGUGGUGGAGGUUAAGAGGAGAGGUGGGGAGGUUGCGUACAGCUGCACAGGCCCUGUUUCAACUUUGAAUGCUUCUGGCACUUGCAAAUAGGAGAACAACCCCUCUCUGGCUGCUGGAGGGAGCUAUUUGGGAAAAAUGCAGCUGUAAAG